AUGACCUCCAAACACCAACCCACCACAACCUCAGACCUCGACGACCUCGACGACGACGAAGCCCUCUUUGCAGCCCUCGAGAACGAAGACGACUCCGCCUACCGCGCAAACCGCAUCGAACAACUCAACGCCGAAUACGCCUCUGCUAAAAACGGCCCCGCCCUUGAUCCCUCCUCCUUCACCUCCAACCCAGCCAACCCAGCCGCCGGCAACGGCGCGGGCACAAUCAUAACCGAUACCUUCUACCCAACCCUAACGAGCGACCAGUCGGUGCUGAGCUUUACGACCAACACGCACAGAUGUGUGGUGCAUUUCGCGCACCCGGACUUUGCGCGCUGCGGGGUGAUGGACGAGCAUAUGCGGACGUUGGCGACGAGGCAUUAUGAGGUCAAGUUUGCGCGCGUGGAUGCGCGGCAUACGCCGUUUAUCGUGGAGAAGUUGAAAAUCAAGGUGUUGCCUUGUGUGAUUGGGUUCAAGGAUGGGCUUGGUGUUGAGAGAGUCCUUGGGUUUGAGGGGUUGGGGUCUGGGGGACGUGAUGGGAAGGAUGGGUUUAGCAUUGGCAUUCUAGAGAAGAGGUUGCUAUGGAAGGGAAUCCUUGUGCAGGCCAAGAUCAAGCAGGGUGAUCACGACGACGACGAUGAUGAUGAUGACUAUGAAUCUGCUGGCUCGGAUGAGGACACUGAGCGCCCUCGACGGGCUAUUCGAAGCGGCGGGCGAUUAAACCGAAACGAGGACAACGAUGAUGAUGACUGGGACUAA